GCCAAUAUCUUCAAUUACCAAAAACAGGAAGAUCCAACGAAUGCCACUUACUGUACAUUAGAUAUAACUCUAUACAGAUCACUUUCUACAGUGGUGGUUGUCGGACACUUGUGGCAGAGCUGUGGACAGCUCAGAGAAACAUUUGGGAUGGUGAACACUUCUACAAACUUCACCGGGUGUCAGCCUCAAAGAAUCAAUCCCUUCAUCCCGAUCUUCCUGAGCGUCAUCUUCUUCGUAGGGUUUGUGUUGAACUGUAUAAGUCUGUGGAUAUUCUGGUUCCGGGUAAAACAAUGGAAUUCGACGGUCAUUCUCCAGUUCAACUUGGCCGUCUCCGAUGCCAUCAUCACCCCAGCUGCUCCUCUCAUCAUCAUCUACUCCUUGACCGACCACUGGACCUUCGGUACCUUCUUCUGCCAGUUUAAGGUCUUCCUCCUCAGCACCCACAUGUAUGGAAGUAUAUAUUUUCUCACUCUAAUCAGUAUUCACAGAUAUUUCACCGUUGCCCGCAAUGCUAAAAGAAUGGCCUUGACCACGAAGCCGUUCAUCACGAAGCUCUGCAUCGCUGUCUGGGUUUGUCUCCUCGUACAAGGUAUUCCGUUUUUCUUUGUUCUUCAAAUCUCCGACGUUCACGGAGUCACAAAAUGCCUCAGUUUUCAUCAAACUGAACAGGCGGUUUUAUUUUUCGUUUGGAACUGGAUCAUCAUGUUCUCGGGUCUCCUCAUCCCGUUCACCACAACCUUGGUCUGCUACAGUCUCCUGAGUCGAUAUAUUCUCAAGGUGAACCCAAUGAACACCCUUACGAACGUCAUGGUCUCCAAAUCUGUCCAGACCAUAUUUGUCUCCCUAAUCAUCUUCAUCAUCUGCUAUAUCCCAGUACAUAUCACCAGAACCAUGGGGGUCACCAUCACCUUGUUUUUCCCAUCCAUGUGCUCCUUACUGGAAAAUGUUGAGGUGGCCUACUACAUCACAUGGAUGCUAUCGGGGACCAACUGCUGUAUGGACCCCAUCCUGUACUGUUAUGCCUCGGACAGGUUUAAGCAGACAUUCACAAGCUGGUGCACCUGUCUUACCAGGCAAGGAAAAGAUGAUAAAAUCACAUUGGAAAAUUCCCAAAGUAACCAGAUAGAGUGCGCUUCAGAAAAGCAUGGACCUCUCCCGACUGCGAGCACCACCGACACGGGUUUCUCAUUGUCGACUGGGGGUGAGAAAUGAUUUUCAAAAAACUUGAUUCUUUCCCUGUGAGAUUUGAAUGUUAGACUUUCGGAAAUGUUGGACUACUGGAUGCCAGAUUACUAAAAUUCUAUGUUUUAACUCAUUAGACAGCCUAAAUAUGUGCAAGAUUUAUCAAAGUGCUUUAUGGGGGACGAUAAAUUUGCUGCAUCUUCAGAUACUUUUGUUUAACUUUACACCAUAUAUCGGUUGGCUUACUUUAUGGCAAAAAUGUACACCAAAAUUUCAGUGCAUUUUUUUCCUGUUAUGCCACAUUAUAUACUGUAGGUCAAGUUUCCAUUUUCGUUUCCUUUUUCUGGGACAUUUGAGAAAAGCUUUGCUUCUGAGGGUGCAGCCACUCACGACGGCAGUGCAGCAUUUUGGUAGCGGGGAAAAAAAAAAA